AUGGCGAGACACCUUCGCUUCAUUUCCCGUUUACUAAGUCUAAUCUAUUCACACGUUUUUUCUGUUUACUCCAGGAUUCUGACUCAGGAUGGCAUUGUUGACACAGUGAAGCGCAAACGAUACUACGAGAAGCCCUGCCGAGAACGACAGCGGAAGAACUUUGAGAACUGCAGGCGUAUAUACCACACGGAGAUGGCCAGAAAAAUUGCCUUUAUCUCCAGGACAAACAGAGAAGAUCCCUGGCUCGGCUGCUAGGGAGAUGACUCCUGUUGGAAAAGGAAUGAUGGACUGGAUAAAACUGGGGAAGCAAAGCUGAAAGAAGCAAACAAGACCAACAUAAUGCUGCUGCCUGAGCCUAAAGGACCAGGCAAACGCAGACAAAAGUGGUGAUUAUGUUGUCACAUUGUAAACACAAAAGAUGGGAUGUAAUUGUCUCCAUUUUGAACAUUUCUAAUAAAUUAGACACUUAGGACUUAU